ACUCUACCCAUCUUCACCUUGCGCCUGCCUCAAUUGCUCGGUCGCUCUUUCCCCGCGAAACUCCUACUACCACCAGUAUUCCCGACGGAUUCACUGUAAGUCUCGCCUAUCAUUUUAUCUCGUCCACCGCCCGAUUUCAUCACCCCCAUCUCACCUGCACCCCGUCCAACGCAUUCUCUUGCUGCGCAUUUGUACCGAAGCAAUUGACUGACCAUGGCGGCGCAUUCAGAUCAGCAUUACUGGUCGCUUACCACUACCAGUGCCAGCACCAGUGCCCAAGGUAAUUUCGACUUCCUUACUACUGCUGAAGCUGCUCUCUCGCAACCUCCGCCGACGACUCCUCGCGAUCGCUUCGCCGACCCAGCAAACACUCAAUUAGGCUGCUGGGCUGAGUCGGUUGGGAUUGGCGCAACUCCACGGGUUCUCGAUUAUUUUUUUUGGAAUACAAAUGUUAUAGCAAACAAUCCAAUAACCCCAAUUACCCUUUUCUCCUACGGAGAGGAUCCUUUCCUCGACACCCCUCCUCUCGUAUCAACUCCAAACUUUCAUUCACCAGGUCUAGCCGAAUCUUGGGAUCCACAAAUCGACCAGUCACCGUCCUCCACACUUGCGCCAGAAACACCUACAUACCAAUCAAAGCCCAAUACAAAAUAUUUCUGGAGCCAAGCAUCUGAUAUCAUCCCCGACCUUAAUCCACUUGCUUUUGUAGUAUCAUCUAUCAGCUCUGCCAAAUCGUCACCCGACGACUCUUCCGAGUUUGAGUUAUCUCCUUCUCCGCCCAAAUCUGGACCACGAGGAGCAGGAUUAGGAAGCGGAUACUACAAUACCCCAGCACCAAAAUUUGAUUCUUCAGUCCCCCAGUCUUCACCUCGAAGGUCUUCUGCCCGGUUAAGACGUUCGCAAACUCCAUAUACCGGUUCCAGGAGUACACGGACAAGAAAGGGAAAAUUCAGCCCACAUCGUAGUCUUUCCGGUACUAAUAAACGCCCAAGAGGACGCCCUAAAAAGACUUUCAUCGACAGCACAUGGCAAUCUAGUGCCAGCGACCCGAGCAGGCAACCUUCCAUAGUUUCGAGUGAUUGUGACUAUCCUUCAAGUCCUUUACCAAGCCUUGUUGUAAAGUUACCAGUUAAACCAGCACUUCUUGAAAGAUUAAAUUAUAUCGGUCGAUUUUCCCCUUUGCCUAUCCAGUUUGUCGAAGCCAAGCUUGAUAUACCGAAGCCAGAAGCCUACGCGUACCCACGAGCUGUCAAACCACCUUGGCGUUAUCCCUCAUACCGAGAAGUCAGCGAAGCAAACAUGGCCCCAAGUGUAUGUCAUAUCUUUACGUCUCUAGUCCUCCUUGUUACUAAUUUCCAAAUAGUAUCGUGCAUCGAAUAGACGGCAAAAUCGAGCUGGAUAUAAUGACCACGAUGUUUUUGACGGACUACCUGUUCGGCAUUGGCGACGUGAGAUGACUACAGUUGUACCUCCACCUGACCAGGAUAGUUCGAAACCUCAAAACGACAUAUGGGCUAUAGAGCUUCCACACGGGAUGCCCAAGGACUCGCAUCUAUUGCCACAACAUAGUCAAGAUCUCCUGCGUGCAGCUCGUUCCGGGAAGAUAUGGAAACGCCCGGCUCCAACAGAAGAGGAAGAAAUAGAUCCAGAAGUCGCCGACAAGCAAGAAAAAAAGGAAGAUGACGGAAAAGAUAAAGCUUUUUCUGCUCGCGCAUGGAAGCAGAUUCCUCGGAACCAAGAAGGUCCAGAUAUUGAAUACUUGGCCAAGCGGAGAAAGGGAUUGAUUACUUAUACCAAGCCAGCACCAGUGGUACCGACAGUGACGAAAACGGUAGUCCGUAAAACCGAUGCCGCUGGAAAUGAAUACAACCAAGAACUUAUUGUUCCCAACGGCCAGCAGGUGGAUGGCGAGGUCAUUUCACGAGUAGUAAUUCCAGAUCCAAGUCUCAUUCCACAGGCUGCACCGUUGGCAACUCCUCCGAAACGAAAGACGCCUGUGGCCAAAAAGAAGAUUAAGGCAGUCCGAGGGAGAAAAAAGAAAAUUGUACCCCCUCCAAACGCACAAGCUAUCGCUCCAGCCGACGGUGCUAUACCAUCCAGUGCACCAAUUUUAGAAGCUGUCGGGCCGGCAGUUAAAACUGAAAUAGACGCAGCCGCUACCCCGAUCACCGGCGAAGAUACCGUCAUGGGCGAGGGCUCAGUCGCAGCAUCCGACGAGGAGGAAGGAGAUGAGGAUGGUGAUGAGGGGGAUGAUGAUGAUGAAUCUGUCGGGGGGCAACCAUCUCCAUCGAAAGUACCGCGAACCACGGAAUCUCCAACUCCCGUAUCCUUACCUACCAUGAAAACGAUACCGGAUUUUGCUCCUUCUAGUUUCCCACCUUCGGGAAUUAUUCCUCCACCACAUCUUGAAAAAGAAAAGUCUGAUGGCAAGAGUGGUAGUCCCUUGAAGAACGUCGCGUUGAGCACUUCUGCAGUAGCAACCCCUCUCGCCUCACCAACUGUCACAGGACCUUCACAGUCCUUCCCAGAUACAUCCUCUAUUGGCAAUGCACCACCUCAACCUCACGAUGUUCCUGAACCUGGGCAAGAAGAAGAGAUGGAAGCGAUCAACGACGAUGCUAUGGAUAUUGAUACAGUCGAGGCAGAAUCCACAAGUCUCCCACCGCCACCGCCAAAUCCCACAACCCUCGAACUCGAAGCUUCAGAAUUGGUCAGACGGGAAGAGGAGGAGGAGGAAGAGAUGCUGCUCGAGAUUGUGGAAAAUGCCAAUAAUGUUCAAAUUGGUCAAGUACAGCCAUUGCCAAUAGCAGUGCCCGAGGUUGUUGCGCAAAUCGAUAUGAUACUCGAAGAAGCGGUACCAUCAGCACCAGUCCCAGAGCAAUCAGCAGCGCAGGAUCUCGUUACAGCAGUGGAGCAAUCUAAACCAGUAGAACAAGCGUCGGAGCCAGAGAAGAUAGCAACGCCUGUUGAGAAGGCCCCCACGCCCGUGGAAGCACCAGUGGAAGCGCCCGUCGAGGCACCCGUCGAGGCACCCGUCGAAUUGCCGGUUGAGCCAACAAGUCCAUCAAAAUUACCAGAAGCUGCCGAACCCGAGGUUACACAUGAGAAAAAAGAGGAAUUACCGGAGACUUUACACCAGGAUUUACCAUCGAAACCGGAAGUUAUACAUGAAGACGAACAAGAUUUGCCUGAUACGCAGCUCCUACCUCAUGCUGAGAUUUUACCUGAUCCACAGGAUGAUAUCAAGCAUAUUAAGGACGCCAUUGAAGAUGAUAGUGAUGAUUUUCCUGAUUUACUAGGUGGUCUGGAGAAGUCUUUGGGACAGCCACCGCCAGCAAAAAUUGACGAACCGGUGGAAAGUGUAACUGUACAGGAAGUAGUAGCUCCUAUUAUUAGCAAGGAGGAAUAGAAAACCGAAGCAGUAGAACCAAGUGCUGAAAGAUCAUAGGGUGAAUGUUGCUGGUAGGAUACAGAUACAUUGCGUUUGGGGAUGUAUUAGUUAGCUUGUUACAAAAGUGUGCUCCAAGACGAACAUAGGAAUAUCCAAUAUACAGAUUAUGAGAAGACAUGAUCCGUACGAGUACUUGUACCCGUACGAGCCGUACUACUAUAAUCAUUCACCAAUGCCGAGGGCUUG